AGGUAACACCUGGUCAUGGGAGGAAAUCACACACAGAUUAAAUUCAUCCUGUUGGGAAUUACAGAUAGCCCUUGUGCACAGACUCCUCUUUUUCUCUUGUUUCUAUUGAUUUAUAUUCUCACUCUGGUGGGGAACUUUAGCAUUAUCACAUUGGUGCAGGUGUCUCCCAGCCUCCACACCCCCAUGUACUUCUUCCUCUCCCAUUUUGCCUUCACUGACAUCUGCUAUUCCACAGUCAUCUCCCCCAGGAUGCUGGCAGACCUGUUAUCAGAGGACAGAACCAUUUCUUUCUCUGGCUGCAUGAUGCAGUUCCUCACUUUUAGUUUCUUUGGCAGUGCCGAGUGUCACCUCCUGGCCAUGAUGGCCUACGACCGGCACGUUGCCAUCUGCCAGCCCCUGCUUUAUGUGACCAUCAUCUCCAGCCGUGUCUGCUGGCAGCUGAUGGUAUCAUCCUACCUAUUCGCCUUCCUCAGUGCCAUCAUCUACACAUGGUGCACGUUUGGAGGUUCCUUCUGUGGUCCCAACCGCAUCGACCACUUUUUCUGUGACGUCGUACCUGUGCGAAAGCUCGUGUGCUCUGACACCCACAUCAGUGAGAUGCUCAUCUGUGCCCUCGUCACCAUCAAUGCAGUGUGUGCAAGUGUGGUCAUUUUGCUCUCCUACAUCUCUAUCAUCCGCACCGUGCUGAGGAUGUGCUCAGCACAGAGCAGGGCCAGAGCCUUUCGUACCUGCACCUCCCAUUUGACUGCUGUUGCCUUAUUCUUUGGGUCAGCAUUCUUCAUGUACCUACAACCUCCAUCUAGCCACAGGAGCCUGGAUAAGGUGGCCUCCAUCUUCUACUCCGUGGUUACCCCCAUGCUCAACCCCUUCAUCUACAGCCUGAGGAACAAGGAGGUGAAGGGGGCUCUGGUGAGGUGCAGGAGGAGGUUCUUAAACCUCUGGCAACAUAGAAGAGUUCUGUCAUCUAGGACAUGAACAGUUCAUCCUAACUGAAGAAUACUGCGAUGCACUGAAACAAUGAGAUUUUCCACUACCCCUCAUGACUUUAUUUACGUUCUUCCACAGUUCCUGCUCAAAAGUCAGUGACAGUAUUGAAUGAGAAAGAGACCCAGUCAUCACAUCUUCCUUGGAAGGAAAUCAAGAGGAGAGGAACCUCAAACUUCAAUUCACUUCGCAGUCACCACCCUGGAGGAAGAAAUUACCCUC